AUGCUUGUUCACAUCGUUCAUUGUUCUUUGUAUGUCACAAGAGAAAUACAGGACGAGUCAGUAAACGUGGAUGACUUGUUCAGUUACAUUUCUAUAAAGAAUGUUGACAGGUCAUCUGUGUUUACUCUUUGCAAUGGUAGAAAAGUUGCAGCAGAUGACAAAUUGGAAAAUGGAAAGACUUACCACAUUGUCCCAAGACUACCAGGAGGCAAAGGCGGCUUUGGGUCAAUGCUGCGUGCCAUUGGUGCCCAGAUUGAGAAGACAACCAGCAGAGAAGCGUGCCGUGACUUGAGUGGCCGUCGAAUGAGAGAUAUCAAUAAUGAGAAAAAGCUGAAAGACUGGCUUGCUAAAGAAGCUGAGCGAGAAAGUGAACGUGAACAACGCAGACAGGAGAGACAGGCUAAAAGACUAGCACAGAACCCACACAAGUUUGAUGAUGCAGUGUACCAUGAACAACGAGCCAAGGUGCAGGAAGAUUUACAGGAUGCGCUCAGUAAAGGACUCAAAAGGACACACAAAAAAGCUAAGGGACACGACUGUGCCGACAAGAAGAUUAAGCUAGCAUCAGCAUCUGGCAGCAUUUCCAAGACUGAGUGGAUUGGUGUGGACAUUGAUUCCAGCAGCAGCUCUGAUGGUGAAGCCAGUCCUGGUGAUGCAGAUCCUGGUGAUGCAGAUGCUGACAUCAGCCAGAGUUCCUGCAGCAGAGAUUACAGUGCUGGUGAUGGAGGCAGCAGCUCAUCAACUCUUGAAUCCUCAGAUAAUGGUAAAGAUAGUGAUCUGGUUGAAAGGAGGCUGGGGGUUGAAGGAUUGGAUCAGACAUCAACACGCGACUGUGGUGCAGACACUUCAGAGAUCAAAGUCAGUGAGCAAACAUUAUCUAUGGACACAGGCUGCAUUGAGGGCAGUGAAGUCAGUAUAGACAAGCAGAAACAGAAUCUAAUUGUGAGCAAUGAUAACUCAGAACCUACCAAUAAUGAUGAGCCAGUAGAUUUGGAUAGGUACGAUAGCAAGGAUGAGUUGGCAAGUCUUGGAAUGGAGAGACUGAAAAAUGCCUUAAUGACCCGGGGCCUUAAAUGUGGUGGCACAUUAGAGGAGAGAGCAGAAAGAUUGUUUUCAGUCAAAGGCUUAAGUUCAGAUGAGAUUGAUCCAUCAUUAUAUGCUAAAGGUAAAGGAAAAGGCAAAAAGUCCAAGUGA